AAGAGAAUGUUGAAAUUAUUCGAUUUAAUCAGUUAUCAGCUCUUGAUAUAGAUAAAAAAAUUAGUUCAAAAGAAAAGGAUAAUGAGGAUAGAGAAAUUGAUAAAUCUAUAAUAAAAGCUGAAAUGAAAUUAAGAAAUAAAUUUGAGAAUUUACAAUAUAUUAAUAUUACUAACAAUGAUCAACUAGUACAACAAACACCAAUGUCAACAGUUACUGAAAUAAUGCAAAAUCUAUUUUUUGAAGGUAUUUUUGGAGUACAGAAUCAAGAAGAUAUGCCAUUGGAUGAGAUAGCAUGA